GGAUUGUCAUUGAAGACAUUGAAGAUCCGCUAAAGAUCCAGCCCGCCGUCGGUCAGCAGUACGAGAAGAACGUUGUUAAGAGGACGAAAUGGCCGUCUACCGGAGACGAUCCCAAUCUGAGGACGACAAUCCGCCGUCUCCAAUCACGAUGGAAGAUCCGCACAGUGUACCGGCCUCGGUCAAUCGACCUUCCUCGGCGGCGGAAGCAUGCGAGGUCCGCAAAGUCCUCGCGAUCCGGGUCUUAGAUUCGCCGCCCCACUCACACCACCUUCCCGGUCAAAUCCGCACACUCCAGCCUCUCCUUACCCGCAAGGUAUGGGCGGACGUGACUCUCAGCACCACCCCAACUUCAACAUGACUUUAACCCCCACUUCACACAUGCCACAUCCCUCGCCAAGUGUGACCUGAUGCCGUCAUCCCCGUUGAAUCCUCAACCAAGACCGAUGGCUCACUCACCGGGAACCACAAACAUGCCGUACAUGGGCGGACAAUCCCACACCGAUGGAAGCCCGUUUACAGUGUCACACUCGCCAGCCGCUUCCAACUGGCCCGGAUCACCGGGAAUGCCGCGACCAUCAUCACGACCUUGCCAAAAUCCGGACCACAAGGCGAAGACUUCACACCACAAAACUUCCCGCGUUCUGGCAGCUGCAACUGCAGGCCAAUUAUAUCCAUCAGCUGAUUCAUGGCCGCAUCGUGGACAGUCCGGACGCGUUGGCUGAGGUGUACAACUGCUUGCACUAUUUCUCGCGGUUGAUUGUUUACCACCGAGGACGCGACGUGCAAGUUGAACUCCACGCUGCAACUGCUGUGCGACAAAGUGUUGGAAAUGCACGUGACCGCCCUGCUGGACGCGGCCCCGAAAUUUCUGCGCAACCGGCUGAAGGACGUCCUGCAGGGAACGCUGAUAGAAGUUGAGCCCGGCGUGUUGCUAAUGUUUCACGACCCGGAUAAGGCGUGAUGAACCAAUUGCUUGAAGUCGAGUGAUGACGGUGCUGAGGUCAUCUCGGUUAAUCCGAUCUUCUAUUUGCUGUGUCUUGGGAUGGAAGAGGUGAUGAUGGAACUCCUCGGCGGGCGCAGCUUGCUUUCAACUUCUGAUCAGUGCAAGUCACGCCCAGCUAGGGACGAUUCGGGUUAUCACGUUCAACACGGCCCGGUUCAUCGUGCAGACGUUUUCGCUGAUGGCCUCGGCACGUUCCGGCAAGGAUGCGCAAAAUCUGCAAGCUCCGCUCGAGUUCAUCAACCUUAUGAUGCUCCGAUCGACGGAGUUCACCACCUUCUAUCGCGAGAUGAUCGACGUGUUCAGCGCCUAUUGGAAGCACCGCAGUCAGAUCAUGCAGCGCGUUUCCCCCAAGAACGAAGGUAUCGAACGGAUAAAGAAAUACCUGCUGAAGAUCGUGAACGACUUACUCGUCAAGCUGGCCGACGUUCCGUUCGGUUGACUGAUCAAGCCCGAUCCAGGCCUGACGAUGAGCGGCAUGAACGAGUUCAUACUCGUCGAACCGAUCGCGAACAAGUGAAGCUGAUCCGCGAACCAAACGUACCGCGCAAUCACUGACCGGCUUCUUCCGACGAGUCUCCCUGAUCAAGGAAUCGUGAUGCUACGAAAUGAGCCUUCCGGAAGCGUUGUGGAUGAACCUGAUGGUCGUCAUGAUCAGCCAAGACUCGCCGAAAGCUGUCGAACAACUUCAAGCUGCUCCUAAACGCUGAGUUAAAGGUACCACAAGUCGAGCCAAACAAUUCAUUAGGGCACAAAAGCAAAAACCGCGAUUCGAGAAAAUCGCUUGCAAAAAAUGGACAACUUGUUUCAAUUCCUAUUUAAAAAAUAAGCUUGACUGAUGGUAUUUUUACUGAUGAUUCGAUAAAACACAUCAUUAUCCUCAACUCUGCUUUACUGCUUCUUAAUUUAUGUUGAUUUUCAC